AUGAAAAAAUUCAGUCGGCAAGAGAGACAAAAAAGAAAGAGAGAUAAUGCUUCGGUCAGUAAGGGUCAAUCCAUACUGACCACAUUUUAUUCGGUGAUUCCAAGAAUGAAUGAAUUCAUGGAAGAACUUCCAGAUGAAGUGAAUAAAGAUUUCUCGAAUAACAUUGGGAAUUAUUGUUCAACAAACUCUAAAGCUCUCGAAUUAUUGCUGAAAGCCGCCGAAAAAAAUGCUAAAAAAAAAACCGGUAAGAGAUUCGAUGCAGAAAUAAAACUAUUUUCCACCUAUUUAUACCUUACUGGUGGCUGUCUCCUGUAUGAAACUUUGUACAACAACUUCAAAGCUUCAUUACCAUCGCUCUCCACAAUCAGACAAAAUCUUCAAAAUGACUACAACUUAUGUGAAGGAAAAUUGCGGUUUAUUGAGUUGAAAGAAUACCUUCUGAAACACAAUUAUCCAUUGGAUGUAUGGAUCAGCGAGGAUGCUACUGCCAUUACAGGGCGUAUUCAAUAUGAUUCUAAAACAGACAGUAUCAUUGGUUUUCCGCUGCCUUUGACCUCAUCUACUGGGUUGCCGGUCGUUGGUCAUUAUGAAGCUACAAAUGCUAAACGAAUUUAUCAAAUAUUCAGUACGGAGGAUAAGUGCAAAUAUGCGUACGUGGUAAUGGCUCAACCUUUAGCUCCAAAUGCAGCACCAUUUUGCAUUUGUGCAUUUGGGACGAAUAACAAAUUCAAAUAUUCAGAUAUUAGGAAUAGAUGGAGAACUAUGAAAAACAUGGCAAGGGAACAUGGAAUUCAAAUAUUAGGAUUUUCUGGAGAUGGAGAUAGCCGCAUAUUAAAGGCGAUGAGAUAUGAAACCAUUAUACCUAUCAGCAACGAUUUCAAUACGUGGUUCCAAAUAAAUCCCGAUAUUUUUGAAUCGUGCUACAUACAGGAUACAGUACACAUAGGUACUAAACUGAAGACACGACUGUUGAAUCAACGUACUGAUUUGAGAAUUGGGAAAUACACUGCAAAUGUCAGUCACUUACAUCAUUUAGUAGAAAAUGUGACCAAAGAUAAACAUCUUUUAACGAAAUCCCAUCUGAAUUCCGACGACAAAAUGAAUUUUGAAUCCGUCGAAAGGAUUAUUGAUGAAAAAGUACAAAAGGGACUUCAAGAUAGCGUUGCUGAUAGCCAAGGAACUGUUGCAUUUCUCAAAAUAAUGGCUAUGUUUUUAGAUGCAUUUCUUGAAAAACAAAUUGAUAUUGAAACUCGCAUAUCCAAUGCAUGUUUGGAUAAGAAUUUUAUAACAUUGAACGCGUAUAUAUGUGUAGAGCUAAACGCCCAUGCGUUAGUAUUAAUGACAUUGAGAUGUCAUUAUUUAAAGCGACCAGAACUCUUAAUGCCUUGGUUAAUGAGUUCGCAACCCUGCGAAAAGACAUUUAGAGCUACUCGUUCCAUGACAUCAACGUUUUCAACAAUUGUGAACUUCAGUAUGCUCGAUAUUCUACAUCGCUUGCACAGAAUACAAAUAUUAAAUGACGUCAUGUGUGACUUAAAAGAUGAAAUAAUUUUUCCUCGUGAACAUAACAGGAGGAUGGGUUCAGUCCAAGAAAACCACAUGAUGGAAUAUAGAAAUAGUACAAUUGACUAUGAUCAAAUCAAUAUAAUUAUAGAAGAUGCCAAAGAAAAAGCGAUAGGAUAUUGUGGACUACUUGGAAUUCCUUCCUUGAAUGAGGAAUGGAUGAACAUAUCGAUCCCUAAUGUACAAUCACAAGAAAAAAAUCUUUCGCAUAAUUUGAAUGAGACACCAGGAAGGAAAAAUAAUCUCGGUAAUGAUACAAUGAUGGAUGAUAUGGAAGAUGAUCAGAAUAUUUUGAAUGAUAUGGAAGAUGAUCAGAAUAUGUUAAACAUGGAUUCUGACACCAAUAGAGAAACAAAUACGUUUUCAGAGUAUUCUGAUGAUCACCACGAGGGCUCGCCUGAGGAUGAUGUGUUGCUGAAAGAAUUGAAGGAUGUUAAUCUCAAUUUGGUUGAUUACUCUAGUCGCACUUCGAAGAAUGAAAGAUGUUAUGUGACUAUAUAUAAUAACACGAAAGAAAUUACUGUUAAGAAAGGCACUCUCUGUUGGCUCUUGGACAACAAAAACCCUCGACUGAGUACUGACAGACUAGAGCGAGUCAGGGGUCCUAAAUGUGCGAGCGAAGUUUUGUCUCGAGUUUUACCAAAAAAAGCCGCAGCUACCAAAAAAAGAAAGAGGCGAUCAUCAGGAACAAGUACUGAAAGUGUAUCACUGUCAUCACCCUCCUAUGCAGAUAGUGACGAGAGUGAAACAUUUUCCGACUUGGAAAACGAUAAAUCCGCGGGUCCGGAAGAAACAGGAGACGUGUUUUUUCCCGAGAAAUAUUAUUCCGUUGCAUACAAAGAGAAUUGGUAUAUUGGAAGAAUUUUAGAAAUUACCAACAAUGGGUUGGUAAUUAAAUUUCUCAAAUACGACUUAGACAAAUAUAUUUGGCCACAGUCAGAAGACAUUCAAACUGUAGAGGAACGGUAUGUUUUUCAUGGCCCUGUUGAACUGAAGGGCACAUAUCCUUUUAAUAUUGAUAGGACUACAAAAUUAAUUAUUGAGAAGAAAUAUAAAGAAAUUAAGAGGACAUUAUUUUAAAAUUUACAUGUACCUACCUCCUAUGUUGUGUGAUAUUUUAAGUUCCUGAUGAGAUUUGUGUUUAUUUUAUUAGCCGUUUUAUAGGUUCAGUACCUGAUUUUUUGUUUUGUUUUCGUUCGAAUAUGUGAUAUUAAACAGAGGAUAGCCAAAAAUUGGAAUUAUUAUUUGUAGUAAGUAGCACCUUAACCGUCCAUAAUAAUCACAGACAGCAUUAUAAAAAUAUCCUAAUUUCUCUAGAUUUAUUGGGAUUUUCUUUCCUCCCUUUCCUUUGAACGUUUCAAGAAUGAAUCGGCUAUUGUUAUCAACAUUAAAAUAGAACAUCUUCUCAUUGCAAAUUUUCACUGUGUUUUGUCAUUAGUCUCUCCUCACUGGAAAGUGUCCAUGGGAUAACUUUGAAAACGGGAGCAGAUUCGUUUCUGAAACGUCUAUAACUCAAAAGGAGGAGACAAAAGCACAAAAAACUGUAGAAAUCAACAUUCAACCAACUCGAUCAACAUAAAACAGAAAUUA